UUUUUCCCCUCCAUUUCUCAGCUUUUACAUAUCUCUUCCUUCUUUCUACCGGAACUUCCCCUCCAUAGACCGGAAAUGCCGCUGAGAUCCGCCCAUGGAAAGGGAGGCUAAGCUUCCGCUCCCACCAUCUGCCAAUCUGGUGCGCUCGAUCCCCAAUCAGGAGACGUCAUCUUCCACCUCAUCCUCUUCGUCCCCUCCUGGAUUCAUCCGUGAUGUUCAAGCCGCCUUCAAGCGCCAUCGAUCUCUCGGUACAAUACAGACGAAUGGUAUAAUGCCAAGACGAAUGGUGGUUCCCCAGCGUGCCGCUUCUAGAAAUAUGGAUGUCAAUUGUGAUACUAACAAGUCUAAGGAUUGUGUUUCGUUGAGUAAUGGUCAGUUGGUCAAGGAGAAAAUUAAUGCCGGGGAGUCUCAAGAAGAUGCAUUUAUUACUGCACCUUCCAUCACGGGAACUACUACCAAAACCUUUGAUGAAAAUUUCAACCCAUUUGAUGUGGAUCGAGAUCAGCACAAGGUGGUUGAUGCUAAGAAGGAGAAUAAUUUGAUCCCUUUGCAGGAUGUACAGUCUCUAAAUGUCGAUGUUCAGAAAAAGGUUCAGUUUUUAACCGAACACAAUGCAGUUUCCCAGGGGGCCGAUGAUGGAAUGGCCACUGGACUGGAAAAUUUAUCAUCUCAUAUGGAUUCUCUUUCCUUGACAGAAAUGGAGUGGAAUGCAGUCAAUCAAGUAGAGUCGUCAACAGUUGUCAAUAACAAUUCAAAGCACCAACCCUUCCAAAACCCAGAAUCUGAAAUCAGUUUGAAGUCUGAUGUUGGGAUCUCUUCUUUGGCAAAGAGAACUACUAUUGUACAAGAUCAGAUACAUCAUUUAGGAAACUUUUUAGGGCAACCCGUCAUGCAAUCUUCAGUUGUGGGGUCAUCAUGUGCUACCACAACAUCUAUCUAUUCUAGUUCAGCUCCAAUGCUUAACCUGACAACUUAUUGCUCUCGUUCCCAUGAAGGAGUUUCUCAUAUCUCAAAAGAAGCCAUGGGAGAUUUUGACGUGAAUCAUCAAAAUCUAAAUCAAGGGAAUGUGUUGCAGCAAGAAUUUCCUUCAGGGAAGGAAAUAAGCAGAAUGCUAGCUGAUCAAGCAGCUCAGGCUUCUACUUCUGGUAAUAAUUCCCAACUGGAGGUCAAUGAACUUGACUUGUCCAAAAGGCAAGAAGGAAGCUUGGUGACCCAAAAUGAACUUCCAAAAGAUUCUUGUCCUCUGAAUGAUAAGUCAAUCAAAGGGCAAGAAUCUAUAGAUGGUGUCACUAAUAUACGAUCUCAGUCUCCAUCGUCGAAAGACUUGAAUUCAGAUGUAAAGGUAGAACCUUCUAAAGCAGAGAAGCAAGGGAAGGUGACAAGUAGUAAAGGAACAUCAGCACCUCGUAAACGGAAUUAUGAUCCUGACUUGUUUUUCAAAGUUAAUGGAAAGCUGUAUCAAAGGCUUGGAAAGAUAGGCAGCGGAGGAAGCAGUGAGGUCCAUAAAGUCAUUUCAUCAGAUUGUACAAUAUAUGCACUCAAGAAAAUCAAGCUCAAAGGUCGUGACUAUGCUAGUGCAUAUGGGUUUUGUCAGGAAAUCGAAUAUUUAAACAGGUUGAAGGGAAAGAACAACAUUAUCAACUUAAUAGACUAUGAGGUGACAGAUAAGAAUAUGCUCCGAGAAAUGAUGAAUGGCAGCAUGUCAAAUAAAGAUGGCAGAGUCAAGGAUGAUAGCUAUGUAUACAUGGUACUCGAAUAUGGAGAAAUUGAUUUGGCUCACAUGUUAUCCCAGAAAUGGAAGGAAAUGGAUAGCUGUAAUCAGAAUAUAGAUGAGAACUGGCUUCGAUUUUACUGGCAGCAAAUACUUCAAGCUGUCAACACUAUACAUGAGGAACGUAUCGUGCACUCCGACUUAAAGCCUGCUAAUUUUCUUCUUGUAAAAGGCUCUCUAAAACUUAUUGAUUUUGGUAUUGCCAAAGCCAUAAUGAGCGAUACAACCAACAUCCAAAGGGAUUCACAGGUUGGAACUCUGAGUUAUAUGUCGCCCGAGGCAUUCAUGUGCAAUGAGAGUGAUGCAAAUGGAAAUACAAUAAAAUGUGGCCGACCUUCUGAUAUAUGGUCCCUUGGGUGCAUACUUUAUCAAAUGGUUUAUGGGAGGACGCCUUUUGCAGAUUACAAGACUUUCUGGUCCAAGUUCAAAGUUAUAACCGACCCGAACCACACAAUCAUAUAUGAACCAGUUUCUAACCCAUGGCUUCUUGACAUCAUGAAGAAAUGUCUUGCAUGGGACCGAAACAAGAGGUGGCGGAUCCCUGAGCUACUUCAACACCCUUUUCUUGUUCCCUCUUUCCUUCCCCUACCAUCUUUGGCUCAAGACCAAAGCUUUCAACUGAUUGAACUUAUAGCCAAUUCAUGUUCAAACAAUCAAGGUGCUACGAUGUUGUGCUCUCAGCUCACUCGGCUGCUUCGAGACCCAAUGUCACAGGUGACAUCCGAAUCACUAACAUCACGAGAACAACAAUGCAAAUUGCUCUCUCAAAUGUCAAAGCUGUGUUUUCAGCUCCAACAACAUUUAAGCCAGUCAGGGUAAGAGUUUGUGGGAAAGUGAUUAUGCUUGUCUCAGCAUUUUUUUUUCGAGUGUUGCAAUU